UAACCACGCAAUCAAACAAUAACACAUUUGACCUCAGCGGGAACGUGAAAUCUUUGGUUUUGGUUGAAGAUAGAAGACAGAAGAAACCAUCGUCACUUCCAUUCCAAGAUUAAAAGGCAAUGAUGUAUGAUGUGGAUAAAUUUGUACAUCCUCCUGACCCAGAAUUAAUAUGUUGUAUCUGCACGUGUGUGUUCGAUUAUCCAAUGGAAAGCCCAUGCAGACAUGUCUUCUGCCGAGACUGCAUUCACAAGUGGUUGGAAGGCAGAAAAAGCUGCCCGACCUGUCGAAAACGAAUAAACAGCACGUCAAAAAUCAAGCCAGUUUUGCCGAUUGUAUCGAAUAUGAUAAAUAAAUUACUGAUGAAAUGUGAAUACCAUGACAACGGAUGUACACAAGAAAUUCCACUUGAGAGGCAUAGUGAACAUGUGCUUGGAUGUGAAUUUAAACCUGGCAAAUGUAUCUUCUGUAAUGGAGCAAUUCUGGUGAAAGACAGAGAUGAGCAUGAAAGAACAUGUCCAUGUCGGAUGGUUAUGUGUAACAGGGGAUGUGGUCAGUCCAUUAAACAGAAUGCACUUGAAUCUCACAGUUGUAUUCAACAGCUGACAUCCAAGAUCAAAGAGAUUGAAGAAAACUGUAAAAAGUGGAUAAAAGAGACAAAAGAAUUCAUGAAUGAACUAAACCUUGUCCAAAAUGAAGUAAAACAGAUGAAAGAUCUAAAGCUUAAAAUUGAACAACAAAUAGAUAGGUUGCGUAACACUGAUGAAAUUGACACCAGUAUUGCAGCAUACAACAGGAGUGAUGAGAAUGAAGAUGAAAAUGAGGAGGAGGAGGAAGAAGAGGAAGAUGAUGAAGAUGAAGACAGUUAUGAUGAUAAUGAUGGUGAUGAUAACUAUGUUGAGGAGGAGGAGGAGGAAGAGAAUGAAGAAAAUAAUGACAAUAAUGGUGGUGGGAGUGAUUCUGAUAAUGCAGAUGACAAUUCAGAUAAUUAUGCUGGUAGCAGUGAAAAUAGUGAUGAUAGUAAUGGUCAUGAUAGCAGUUAUGACGAAAGCAGUGAACAUAACUAUGACAAUGAGUCUGAAAUAUCCGGCAUACAAUUGGCUACAAGUGAUAGCACCAGCGAUGAAAAUGAUCAUGAUUACAGCCAUAACGUUGAGGAUGACUUGGAUGAAGUUCCACUUAUUGAUCUUCUUACUGAUCAUGAAAGUUCUGAGGAUGGAUCAUGGGUACAAGAUUCUUGUGACCAAUCCACUGAUACAACAAUCAGUGAGGAAUUCACAGACGAAGAGAUGUAUUCAAGUGAUGAUGAUAAUCAUAUAACGUUUUAUGAUCUAUUGAAUUCAUAUCAUUCUGAUGAUUCAGAUGUUUCGUGGGAUCCUUAUAAUAUCUCCAUCAGUGAUUCAUCCUCUGAUGACCAAGAUGAGGCAGAAGGGUCACUAAGAAGGAAUCUGAGAAAAAGAAGAGCAUCUAAUGAUGAACCCGAUGGUAGUAGUUCUGGUUAUCGACAAAGGCUAAGAAAACAAAUUCGGUUAAAUAAUUCUAGCAAUACCAGUAAUGAGAACAAUGAGUAGAUGAAGGUUUGCAGCUUCUUGCUAUAACUACCGUACUUCCAGGAGUAUAAGCCCAGGGGCCUGAACAUGUAAAAUCUGAAAAAAUAAGGGGUGGGCUUAUACUCAAGGACCACCUCAGACAAAAAUAUUUGUUUGGUGCGUUUAAAAAAUUGUAGCCAUUUUUCCAAGCUAUUUCCGCCAUGGUUUCAUCAUGUUUUCCGAUUAUUGACAAAGUAUUUUUUUCAACGCAAUGCGCAAGUGAAUUACCGCGAUGUUAAAAUGUGAUCUGUUAACACUGAUUUCGACAAAAAAACAGUGAUUUUUUUCCCCACCAAAAGCUGAUUAUUCACAAUUUUUGAAAGGUAAACUGAAGGUGAAGGAAGUAUUUAAACCUUUCACGGCCGCCAACAAGUCGAAGAAAACGAUGAUCAGUGACCAGGUUUCAAGAGGUUUUUUGAAUGCAAUGAAAUACACUUUUUACAUGCAUAUUUUAAUAAAUGUUGUUGAUGCCCGGUGAAAACACCCUGGGCCUAUA